CUGAGCGGAGCGACAGAGGUGCCGCUGUGGCGUCGAAAAAAACACCGCUAACUGAGCACAGGACGUGGUUAUUGGAUAUUUAAUUUUUUUUGGUUUUGCUUGUGUAUGUGUGUGUGUGUGUGUGUGGCUUUUAUGCUCACGCAAUUUUAUCUGCAAUGCCAACACGACCGAAGCAUCUCUUCUACGAGCAGGGGGUCAUUAGAUAGGUGAAGUGAUUCCACAUUCAUCUGUCAUCGCACCAGAGGACAGUAUUUUUCCCCCCCGAGGAGACGAGGAGAAGAGGCCUCUAAUUCAGGACAGUAGGCUCCGAUUUCAGUGAUCCGAUUAAGAAUAAUUAUUUUUAGAUCAUUAUACUGGUCUUUAUUAAGUAUUGGUAGCGUGUAGCCUGCAAGAGGUAGCCAUUUGAUUCUUAACAUAGAGCAUGCAAAUUAAUUAUAUAUGCAUUGGCAUGUUAAGCACAUUGUAGACGUUCAUUCAGUAGCUGGCAUGUUGCACAUUAUACAAACAAACAUAUAUUAUAAAUUUGUGUAAUUUGCCAACAUAACAGAGCAGAGCAUGUGGCCCCGGGCAGGUCUAAUGGUCGCUCUGCGCAUCUCACAUUAGGACCUCAGGGAAACAAGAUAAUCACAUCUCAGGGUGUUGAUCUGGGGAACACUGUGAGUCACCAGAUAUCUGGAUAGUUUCAUAUGCUACUAGAUAAUUAAAAGCAGAAAGCCCACCACUUGAAUGCAUUCCUCCAUUUUAUAGAGAUAAAGUGGAGGAGGGCGGCUGUCUGAUAAGCAGCAAUAAUUUGUUGGCAAUAAAUCCUGUAACGACAGGAUACAGAUGCUGGCUUGAGCCAAAGAGCUGAAGUACUGACAGUGUAGUUCCACGGGGCUGUUAGUGCAUCCGUAAACACAUUUAAGUGUAUCAAGGGAAGAUACAUGUCUGCACUUUACAAUGCAUGAUUAGCUGCUAGCUACCAGGCACAUCCACAUAUUAGCCUACACUUUACUGACAAGCAGCUUUUUAAAUUUGCAUAUAAGCUCAAUUCUUCUUAAAAAAUAAAGAAGAAAACUUUGCAAAUAUCCAUUCAGUUAUUACAAACUUAGAGGCGCUCGGUUUGUGAGUGACAUAAGCGUCAAGUUUUUUGUUUUUUUUUUCGUUUUUUUUGGAGCUGGACACUGGGAGCAUCAGUGUUAAAUUUUGGAAUUUUUGAGGACCCUCGUUCAGCAAAACAGCCAGACUAACAUCCGGUGACAUGGCUGCAUCACAUCUGCUGCUCUUCUCCCUGCUCUGCUUUCUGUUCGUGUACCAGUGCCAUGGGGCCUGUGCAGAGGUGGACUCUGACACUGAGGCAGUGGCAGGAAAGGGCUUCAAACUGGGCUGCAUCUCCUGCAAGAGGAGGAGUGAGGUUGAAGGUGCUGCCACCGUCGAGUGGUACUUCAGGGCCAAAGGAGAAGCUGACUUUAUCCAUAUCUACACCUACAACGAGGAUGGCGCCACCAUCGAGAGCGACCACUUCAUGGAUCGUGUGGAUUGGAACGGAAGUAAAAGGAGCAACGACAUCCAAGACGCCUCCAUAUACCUGCUCAACGUCACCUUCAACGACUCUGGCACCUACCAGUGCUUCUUCAACCGCAUCCUCUUCUACGAGAACUACGAGUACAACACCAUCGUCAGCAAGGUGGUCCACCUCAGCGUGGUGGCUAAAGCCAGCAGAGGAACAGCCUCCAUCGUGUCAGAGGUUAUGAUGUACGUGUCCAUCAUCGGCCUGCAGGUCUGGCUCCUCAUAGAGAUGAUAUACUGCUACAGAAAGAUAGCAGCGGCCGGAGAAGAAGCGUUACGAGAAGCAGCAAAUGCUGAAUACUUAGCGAUAGCCUCAGAGAGCAAAGAUAACUGUGCAGGUGUGCAGGUCGGAGAAUAGCACAGGCUUCUUCCAUGGACUGAAAACAUCCUUCCAUCUUCUGACCUGCAUGACGACAAUGUGGGGAGAAAACUCCUCUUCAUCUCAAGUCUCUAUUUUACCUUUUCCUUAACAAAGAUAACAAACGGAUACAACUUACAAAGGGAGCAUGGAACCAGCACUGUAUAUAGUCCUCUGUGCGCAUAAGCAUGUUCUGCACUUAUACAAGAAACCAUUAUGCAUUAAUGAGCCACAUUGUCAAGAGCAUACACUAACAUACAGUUAUUUCUCAUAGUAGACAUUUAUAUAAAGUGUAAGUGGUACUGCUGGGGUGUGUUGGACUCCUUGAGGUUGUAAAAGAAAGGUUUUUACUAAAUCAUCACCACCUGCUGUAUAAAUAAUGAGACACACUUCACGGAUGUUGACGUUGUUUAUAACAUAGAAUGUGGUGGAUUAUGAUAGACGGUCUUUCCAGUUGCUAGGUGUUACACUGAACCCUUAAGAUGUGCUAAUAAAAACUAAUAAAAAACUAAUACAAAAAAUACAAAUGAGAUGAAGUCUUGUGUUGAUGAUAAGACAGGGUACUAGAGUUAAAAGGAUCUGAUGCCUGUUUGCAUUCAGAUUUCUGAAAUGAAAAUUGGGGACAUUUCCAGUUCAGCAGUCAAUAUAUCAUUAAAAUAUCCAAUGUUUUUACCUUUUUUCAUAAUACCUUUGAAAUAAAAAUGGGGGACAGUCCAGGUUUCAUGUAUUUUGACCAUGGUAACUGUUGUACUGUAAUAAAUUAUGGUGAAGGCAAACUGAUAGAACGAUGACUCCCUACCUUUGAAGCAGUCGUGAAGUCCUAUUGUCUAUCUAUUCCUCAAUUAUUUAUAUUCCUUUAGUUCUUAAGGGUCCACAGAUCCAAAGAAACAAGAGCAUUUUUCAUAAAAGGUUGUGAAUAUU